CACACACACACACACGCACGCACUUCGAAACCACGACGGGUUCUCCGCAGCUCCCAGACACCUCAAAGAGGAGGAGAAAGAGAACAGCACCAGAGGGAAUCCAGGAGCGGACAGAAGAGAAAAAGAGGGCUCAGGGUUAGACAUUUUUAGAGGCAGCCUCACGCGGCGGGCUGUCCCAGGUGGCUGCUGUUCCUGUUCGCGAGCCAGCCGAGGAAGAGGAGUCCAACAAGGCUGCAAGCAUCAAGCGCCCUGGUCUGCGGACACCAGAGGACUCAAAUCCCAAGAAACCACUGGUCCCCGCAGCACCAGUUAUGGGGAUCUGCCCACAAGUGAAUGUUUAAUAAGAGGAGCUGACUUGCUGCAAUCAAUGAAAUGCUUUAAGAAUCUGCUUGUGAUUCUGUAUGCUUUCAUCUACGACAAGAUUGAUAUCAGAGUUGCAGCUCUCUAAAUUGCUAUGAACCAUGGCCCAGCUGUACUACAAAAAGGUUAAUUACUCACCAUACAGAGACCGCAUUCCCCUGCAAAUCGUGAGGGCUGAGACAGAACUCUCUGCAGAGGAGAAGGCGUUCCUCAAUGCAGUGGAGAAGGGAGACUAUGCUACUGUGAAGCAGGCCCUACAGGAGGCUGAGAUCUACUACAAUGUCAACAUCAACUGCAUGGAUCCUUUGGGCCGGAGUGCCUUGCUUAUUGCCAUUGAGAAUGAGAACUUAGAGAUCAUGGAGCUACUACUGAACCACAGUGUGUACAUGGGCGAUGCAUUACUCUAUGCCAUCCGCAAGGAGGUAGUGGGUGCUGUGGAGCUUCUGCUCAGCUACAGGAAGCCCAGCGGAGAGAAGCAGGUCCCCACACUAAUGAUGGAGACCCCAUUCUCUGAGUUCACACCGGACAUCACUCCCAUCAUGCUGGCUGCCCACACUAACAACUAUGAAAUCAUCAAAUUGCUUGUCCAAAAACGAGUCACUAUCCCUCGGCCUCACCAGAUCCGCUGCAACUGUGUGGAGUGUGUGUCCAGUUCAGAGGUAGACAGCCUGCGCCACUCCCGCUCCAGACUGAACAUCUAUAAGGCUCUGGCAAGCCCUUCACUCAUUGCCUUAUCAAGCGAAGACCCCAUCCUAACUGCCUUCCGCCUGGGCUGGGAGCUGAAGGAGCUCAGCAAGGUGGAGAAUGAGUUCAAGGCUGAGUAUGAAGAGCUCUCUCAGCAAUGCAAGCUCUUUGCCAAAGACCUGCUGGACCAAGCUCGGAGCUCCCGAGAACUGGAGAUCAUCCUCAACCAUAGAGAUGACCACAGUGAAGAGCUUGAUGCCCAAAAGUACCAUGACCUUGCCAAGCUGAAAGUGGCAAUCAAAUACCACCAGAAAGAGUUUGUUGCUCAGCCCAACUGCCAACAGUUGCUUGCCACCCUGUGGUACGAUGGCUUCCCUGGAUGGCGGCGGAAACACUGGGUAGUCAAGCUUCUGACCUGCAUGACCAUUGGGUUGCUGUUUCCCAUGCUAUCCAUAGCCUAUCUGAUCUCACCCAGGAGCAACCUUGGGCUGUUCAUCAGGAAACCCUUUAUCAAGUUCAUCUGCCACACAGCAUCCUAUUUGACCUUCCUCUUCAUACUUCUCCUGGCUUCUCAGCAUAUUGUCAGGACAGACCUCCAUGUACAGGGGCCUCCUCCAACUGUGGUAGAAUGGAUGAUAUUGCCUUGGGUUCUAGGUUUCAUUUGGGGAGAGAUUAAGGAAAUGUGGGAUGGUGGAUUUACUGAAUACAUCCAUGAUUGGUGGAAUCUGAUGGAUUUUGCAAUGAACUCCCUCUACUUAGCAACUAUUUCCUUGAAAAUUGUGGCCUAUGUCAAGUAUAAUGGUUCUCGUCCAAGGGAGGAAUGGGAAAUGUGGCACCCGACUUUGAUUGCAGAGGCGCUCUUCGCCAUAUCCAACAUUUUAAGUUCCUUACGUCUCAUAUCCCUGUUCACAGCCAACUCCCACUUAGGGCCUCUGCAGAUCUCUUUGGGACGCAUGCUGCUUGAUAUCCUCAAAUUCCUCUUUAUCUACUGCCUGGUACUGCUGGCUUUUGCCAACGGACUGAACCAGCUUUACUUUUAUUAUGAAACCAGAGCUAUCGAUGAACCUAACAACUGCAAAGGGAUCCGGUGUGAGAAACAGAACAAUGCCUUCUCCACGCUCUUUGAAACCCUCCAGUCACUCUUUUGGUCUGUAUUUGGCCUUUUAAAUCUCUAUGUCACCAAUGUGAAAGCCAGGCAUGAGUUCACAGAGUUUGUGGGAGCAACUAUGUUUGGGACAUACAAUGUCAUCUCCCUGGUGGUGCUGCUGAACAUGCUGAUUGCCAUGAUGAACAACUCCUACCAGCUUAUUGCCGAUCAUGCUGAUAUUGAGUGGAAAUUUGCAAGGACGAAGCUCUGGAUGAGUUACUUUGAUGAAGGAGGCACCUUGCCACCUCCUUUCAACAUCAUCCCCAGCCCCAAAUCAUUUCUAUAUCUUGGUAACUGGUUCAACAAUACCUUCUGCCCUAAAAGAGAUCCUGAUGGUAGGAGAAGACACAACUUGAGAAGCUUCACAGAACGCCAUGCUGACAGCCUCAUACAAAAUCAACAUUAUCAGGAAGUUAUCAGGAAUUUAGUCAAAAGAUAUGUGGCUGCUAUGAUAAGAAAUUCCAAAACAAAUGAGGGGCUAACAGAAGAAAAUUUUAAGGAAUUAAAGCAGGACAUCUCCAGCUUUCGAUAUGAAGUGCUUGACCUCUUAGGAAAUAGAAAACACCCAAGGAGAAGCUUCUCCACUAGCAGCACUGAACUCUCUCAGAAGGAUGAUACCAAUGGUGGCAGUGGUAGAGCUCGAGGCAAAUCCAAGAGUGUCUCCUUCAAUUUAGGCUGCAAGAAAAAGACCUGCCACGGGCCACCACUCAUCAGAACCAUGCCAGGAGCCAGUGGUACCCAAGGGAAGUCAAAAGCUGAGUCAUCAAGCAAACGCUCAUUCAUGGGUCCUUCCCUCAAGAAACUGGGUCUCCUAUUCUCCAAGUUUAAUGGUAAUACAUCUGAACCCAGUUCAGAGCCAGUGUACACAAUUUCUGAAGGAAUCAUUCAGCAGCACUAUAUGUGGCAGGACAUCAGGUAUUCUCAGAUGGAGAAAGGGAAAGCAGAGGCCUGUUCUCAAAGUGAAAUUAACCUCAGUGAGGUAGAAUUAGAUGAAAUCCGGGGCGCUGCUCAGAGCAGUGAAUGCCCUCUAGCCUGUUCCAGCUCUCUUCAUUGUGUAUCCAGCAUUUGUUCCUCAAAUUCUAAACUUUUAGACUCCUCAGAGGAUGUAUUUGAAACUUGGGGAGAGGCUUGUGACUUGCUCAUGCACAAAUGGGGUGAUGGACAGGAAGAAGAAGUUACAACUCGGCUUUAAGUCAAGUCCCUAACACCUGUCCUGGAACUCAACAAAAAAUUUGUAAUUUCCUUGCUCUCAGAGGUGACAUAUAAUAUGAUUCCCUCACUGCUCCCCUAGGAAAGUGAAAUUCCUAUUAUUUUCACAGUCUUUUAUAGCUACAUUCUACAUUUUUGUUAUAUUAUUAUUAUUUGCCUU